UUAUAAACACAUGGCUUUCCGCGGCAUUGUUCAGAUUUGUUAGCCUUUCAUUUAAUCCAUUAUAGUAAAAAUGUGAAUGCUUUUGUAACAAGGCUGUUUUAUUUUGUACCUUUUUUAGAUAAAUUCACGAGAUGUUAUGGAAACACAACGGAACAGUGAUGUUCGAGCUACAGAGAGAGUUUUCAAGAAAGUAGUGUAUCCAGGUCUGGAAACCCUGCGAGUAGUAGACAGAAAUGGAAUCCCUCUUAAUUACCCAGCAUACAAUUCUGUCCAUUCUAAAUCAUUUGUACUCAGUCCACGAGGAGUGCCUAUGAGAAAAUCAAAUCAUGUCUACAGUGGAAGUCAUUCACAUCCAGCCAAACUUACAGACUUGGUUGAUAAUACAUCAUCACCUGACAACUAUUAUGGACCAGAAAAGACCUUCUUAACACAAGGGAGCUACUCUGCAAAAUUACCUAGAAAUAGAAAUGAAAGUCCACUGCAGCAUAAGCAAAGAGCUAAUACCAGCCAGUCAAUGGCACCAAAACACACGUCAAAAAGUAUUUCAUCAGACCAUUAUUUAACAGGAGAGCCAAAUGAGAGAAGAAUCCUACAAGCAGCCAACAAUAAUUACUUUAACCUGAGUAACCAAGGUCUUAGAUUACAAAGAGAAUGGACUAGUUUAUCAAAUACACGGUCCAUGAGGAGGGCUUCAGAGAUCGUGAACCACAGAGUGGACAGAAUGUAUUUUAUGAAUGGUAAUUCCAUCAAGUUAAAACCAAAGUAUGAUGUUGAUGAAGAAGAACUAAAUAGAAUGAAAGAAGAGGCACACAAACGGGACAGCAGGACUUCCAGUAGAAAUUCAAUGAAAUCUGGACCAAAGAAGAAGGACCCAAUAGAUUUGAAAAAGACCAUUGGAACUGAAUCAGAAGGAGGAACUGGGGAUGUGACGACAAGUAGUGAAGUAAAUUUAAAGAAACCAAAUGGAAGACUUAGUCCAAUAAAUGGAUGGGAAGGCAAGGAAAAAGUUGUAGAAGAAGAAAAUGACUUAUUGCGACAAAACACAUUGCAUGAGGGCAAUGAUGUCGAAAAAACUGAAGAAGUCGUAGAAAAUGGUGAUACAUCUGAAAACAAAGAAGAAGAAAGUGAUGGGUUACAAGGAAUGAGAGCGGAUGGAAGAAUUGACAGUAGUGCCUUAAAUAAUGAUACUGAAAAGGAUGAGGAAGUGAAGGAAAAUGAUGUGACUGUUAAUGGCAAAGAGGAGACAACUCAAGAGACUGAUGAACAACAAGGGGAAACAAUUGAUGAAAAUGUUGCUCAAGAAAACACAUAAUGAAUUGGAAUUUAAUUAAUAUUUAGAAUCCUGUGAUAAAUCUGUUAUCAUUAUUGCCUAUCUGUGAUAUAUAUGUUGCCAUAGCAUCUGUGAUCAAUUCUUCUGUGAUAAAAUUUAUUAAUUUAAAAAAAAAAAUAUUUACAUAAGAUUUUUUGUUAUUAAAAAGACACAAUUGGAUUAUGAAUCCUCAUUUUUAUCAACACUUUAAAUUAAAGAGACAAUGAGUUUUUUAAUGGCACCUUAGUUUUACUAAGUCUGUAUAUGAUGAUCAUUUAGCUAUUUUGUAUGUUAGUUGAUAGUGAUAACCUCUAAAGUGUAUUUAAACAUGUGCUAAUUUAUGGCAGUACUUGUCAUUAGUUUAGAACUAGCAUUAAUACCGUUAUGCUGUCCAAGAAUAUUCUAUUUUCCUUUUAGAUAAUAUUGCAAAAAAAUUGGUUUUAAUCUACACACAUUUAAACUAAGUGCAUAUUUUUUCAUUGCAUAAUUUUUUCUGUAGCCAUGAAUUUUAUUUGACAAUGAGUUGAAAGAAUAUUUUAUCAAAUGCAUGCACAGUUGUACUGUGAAAAAGUUGAUAGGAAACUAUUUAAUUUAUUUUGUCUUACAUUGAAAAUGAAUAAAACAUUCAUAUAAGAUUUGCCAAAGCUUAAUCAUCCAUGACAUGGCCUUUUAAGAUAUCAUUAAUUAAGACAUUAAGACAUUACAAGGAUAGGAUGGUGAUUCAUAAGUAUUCCUAAUCACUGUGCAAAGCAUAAUUAUUUUUUAGAAUCAUGAAGUUCAAUAUUUCAAGACGAUCCGAUAAUUUUUUUAGUUUUUAAAAAUUAGUUUAUAUCCAAAUAUUUUUGAAAAUUUCAAAUUAAUUUUUGAUUAAGACUAAAGAAUUGAAAUUAAAAGAAUAUACAUGUGAUAUUUAUAAAUUUGCAAUAUAUUCAAGUUAAACAAUGUUUUAUAAUAUUACCACAAAACUCAAAUCAAGUACAAAUUUGGGUAGUGUCCAUUUUACCAUUUUUCAGUUAUGUCCCUUUAUAACUCUAUAUGAUAUGCAAGCAGUGCAUCAUCUGUGUCCCAUGGACACAUUCCCCAUUUAUUUUUAAAUAAGAUUGUAAUAUGAAAACUUUUCUAGAUCAAGUAUAAACAUGUACAAGUUUUGUAGUGUCAUGUUGUUUAACAUUAUUUUAUGAUUUUAUAAUACACAAAUAUUGUCAUUGUCUGUAUGAUAUGGUAGUUAAAUGUUCACACAGUGAUAAUGGUGAAGAUCAUCAAAUCUUUAUGUUUUUGGUAUGGAUAAUGUGCAAGUCUGCUUAUAUUGGCAUUUUAGAAGCUAUAUAUGUUCCUGAAGUCUUUUUGUACUCUACUUAGUCUAACAGAAAGGAUACUUAAUAUAUAUAAUUCUGUAUACUUUAACAAUUCCAAGAAAUUAAAGAACGUGAUUACAUUAUGUAAGUUUAAGUACCUAAAAAGACUAAACUGCAUUGAAAUACAAAAUCGAGGCAUAAUUUUUGAAAAUAUACAGCCUUACCCAGCAGUCUCAAGUGGUAGAUGUUUUAAAAGAACAUUACAUGAAUACUGUCAAAAUCUAAACAAAAUUUUGUAAUGCAAGUAUAUUGUUUGUAUGGAUGGCUUUCUAUUUAUUUAUUUGAAUAUUCAUUGUAUCUUAAAUCAUUAUGACAGUAGACAAGUUGUUUUAAAAAAAGUUUGGGUUUUUGUUGUGUCAAACCAUGGGUCAGUUGUCCAGUUAGUGUGAAGAUUAUCACAAGAAUGGACUUGAACAUACAAAAUAAAUUCUGACAUUUUUUUCAAACAUUAGACAAAAUUUUAAUCUUAUACUUUGGAAAAGUUUUACCAAUUACUAAAAAUAAGCAAAGAUAGACACAUGGAGAAAUAAGACAAAAAUCUUUACAUCAUAAUUUUAUAUCAAUAAAAUGAUGCAUAAAAAAGCCAACACAAAUUAAUGUCUUGAUCACCAAUCAGAAUAAUUUAAAGUUUUUUUUUGUUUUUUUUUAUAUAUGUUAUACAUGUUUUAAAAAAAAAAAGCCAAUGCAGUGUACUGCAAUAUUUAUAAUCAAUAUUUUUGGGCACAUGUGUCAAGCGUUCAGUUUUCCUAUUUCCUAGCACACAAGUUUUGAUGGAUAUGUAGCACAUUAGAAAGAUAGUUUUGAUAGUAGAUAUACAUUCCAUUUAUUUAUUAUAUUAUCAUGUUAUUCAUUUUAAUGUGAAUUAAAUCAUUAUAAAAAUUUA